CACUUUGACUUAAUUUACCCUUAUUUAUAGUCUGGGCUUUUUAUUUAUUUUACUUUCUUCUUUCUUCCACAUUGCACUGACAACAAAUAUGACAAUGAAAAGCAAAUCAGUUAGAAUUCAAUCAGAAGAUGAAGUUCACUUGAUACCAGAGAACCCUGAUCCUUUGGUAAAUCCACUCCUUCCUCCAGGUGCAAGCCAUUCAAGAAAGACGUCUAAAAAUGAUGAGCAGCCUUUCUAUAGUAUUCAAAUGCAACAAGAAGACAAUUUUUUCUAUGAUCCCAGCAAUGGAAAUCCUUAUUCCACAACUACCAAAACCCAAUUGGAUACUUCAAAUCCUUUCAAAGAUCCAGAAUAUGGACGAAAAACUAUUGUGUCCGAACCUACGACUUAUGUCGAUGAUGCCACUAGAAUCACACAGGAAUUAGAGGACGUUGAGGAAAAGCAAUUCGAGCAAGAGGAAAGAGACUUAUCCGGGACAGCUAAUACCACUAACUCUUCUACUCCCGUUGCCUCCGUUAGAGGUGAUGAUCAUGACAGCGAUAGAGAAUUCAACUGGGAUGAUGAUCCUGAUCAAGUUAAACCAAAACGUAGAAAAACUGCAAGAGAAAGAUUUACUGCAGUUAUGAAGACGCCUUGCUGUUGGCAUUAUUUAUCUCCAUUGUUGAAGAGGGUAAUCAUUGCUAUAUUAGGCUCCUGUAUGUUUAUUAUCAUUGCCAUUGUGAUUUAUUUGACACUUCCGGAACCUACUGAAAGCCAAAAGCUUGAUCCAAAUUUCAAAAAUAUUCGGAGUAACGUUCAAUGUUGGAUGUAUUGGGCGGCCUUUAUGUGGCAUAUCUACUGGGGUACCACUUUUAUUUUGGAUAUUGUACCAUCUACUGUAUCAUUAUUCUCUAAAUUGUUCCAUGGUAGAAGAUCCGAAAAAGUUAAGUCGUAUAUGGAGUAUUACAUGAGUUUGAAAGGUUAUUUAUGUUUGAUUCUACUAGCUUCUUGGAAUCUAGGUUCCUGGGAGUUUUUAAUCAACUAUCCUUUUAAUUCUAUCAAACUGCAUUCCUAUUCGGCCGUCAUAUCAAAAGUAUUUGGGUGUUUAUUAGCUGCCAGCGGCCUGUUUUUUGUCCAAAAGGCGAUUAUUCAACGCAUUGCCGUUAAAUUUCAUCGUACUGCUUAUGCGGAUAGACUUAAAGAAAACAAACAAAGUCUAAGCUUUUUGGAUACCCUUAGUAAAUCUGAGAAGAAAUCUCGUCCCGGCUCAUCGACUCCAGGUAUUUCAAAUCGGAACCUUAGAAAGCGUAGAUCUUUAAACAAGAAUGGCCCACCUGAAUCCAAACAUAACAGCUCUUCCAGUCAUGAUGAAAAAGCAAAUGGCGGUAGUAGAAAACCUCGUCCAAUGACAUUAAAUGACGACGCCACUGAACAAGCCUCGACUUUUAAUAUGUUCAAGAAAAGUAUAGCGAAUAUUGUAUUAGCAGACAAGCCAACUGCUACCACUGGUCGAGUAGAUAAAAACAAGAUGGACAUCAAUUCUGAUGAUUAUGCUAAGAAGGUUGCCAGAAAGCUGUUCUAUUCUUUGGCCUAUCCUGAAGGUUACCACGGUCAUGAAGAAGAAGACAGAAAGUAUUUGGAUAUAUUUUCAUUUGUACCAUACUUUAGUGAGCAUGAUCAAGCCACAGAAGCGUUUAAGGUGUUCGACAAAGACGGAAAUGGCAAUGUAUCCAGAAGAGAGUUUCGUGAUACUGUGAUACAAAUCUAUCGUGAACGCAAAAGUCUUGCGCAAUCAAUUCGGGACACUAGUCAAGCACUUGGAAAAGUUGACACCAUUUUGUUGGUCAUCUCCUCUUUGAUUACCGUGGUCAUUUGUUUAUCCAUUUUCCGGGUUGAUUUUUGGGCCGCUUUAAUUCCGUUUGGUACUCUUUUAGCAGCGCUUACUUUUGUUUUUGAUACAUCUGCAAGAUCUUUAUUUGCAGGCAUCCUGUUUCAGUUUGUCACACAUCCUUAUGACUCCGGAGAUCUAGUCAUGAUUGAUGGUAACUUCAUGUGGGUUGAGAAUAUUGGUAUCUUGGGCACUGUUUUUGUCGGUGGUGAUGGCACACAACAGUAUGUUCCAACAACUGUUCUUUUAACAAAAAUUAUCUGCAAUGUCCGUCGUUCUGGUAAUAUGGGUGAAUCUUUGGUAUUCAAUAUUGAUUUUAGAACUGAAAAUGACUUGAUUUUGGUCCUUCGUGAAAGAUUGCUUGAAUGGGUACAGUCUCAAUCACGUGACUUUGGUCCUGGCUUUGAUUUGCGCGUUAAAGAUAUUAUAGAUAUGAACCAAGUUAUUUUAAAUGCUUGGUUGCCUCAUAAAGGAAAUUGGGUUGAGCUUGAUAAGCGAUUUCAAAGAAAAACAAGGUUUUUACUGGCCUUGAAAUCGAUUUUAACCGAACUCGACAUCAAAUACGAACUACCUGCCCAAAGGAUUACUUCCAAUACUGACAACAAUCCUUUCCAAAAUACGCAACCCAGAGCACAAAUCUUUAAUGAACAAACCAGGGGUACCUAAAUUUUGUAUAACGAAAAACUCAAAGAUGCCAGUGCCUGUUUAUUUAACAUGUACACAUACAUAAAUCAUUUUUUAUACCCCCUAAAUUCCCUCUAUUUUGAAUAAAGUUCGAUACUGUAUUCUUAGCAAUAUUCAGUACAUUAUUCAG